AUGUCCAGUAGAAUUCAUGCACGAAAAUCUGAAAAUGCUUUGCAAGAUUUGUUAAACGAAACUGUUAAAAUUCUUUAUAAUUCAGAUAAAGGUUCAGAGGCUAUGAGAAGAGGUCUUACGAUGCUUCGAGAAGAAACUGGUAUCUCCUUUGAAAUUCCUAAUCAUUUUGACGCUAUUAUAGGGAUUAGUAAUAUUAAAAUAGGACCAAAUCGUAAUCUUAUUAAUAUUGGACUUUCUGCUUUAAGGCCUAUUGAUUUACCGACAGUAAUUAUUUCUGCAGAAUGUACUAUAGCUAAUAGGAAAAUAGUUUCUAAUAUUAUUAAGGCGGUUGAAGAAAAUAUCAAAAGCUCUGAUGCAGAAUUAAUAGCCAAUGCACCUGAUAUCACUUCGGAUGAUGCUGAAAUUCUUAAACAAAUUUCUACAUGCUCAUUCAAUGAUAAUAUGAUAUUGCAAUGA